CUACUCGAGAUUCGCGCACCGAUCUGCGGCGACACCGCACCAACGGAUCGUCACUUCGCGCGAACGUAUUUUUCUCGCGUUGAUGCUCUAUCGCGACGUGACAAAGCGCGGAUCGCGUGCCGAUUAUAACGCCGAGAGUGCCGUACGGUAUGCCGUGCGAUCAUUGAACUUUGGUGAUUAGUGCGCGGUGGGAGUGCGCGAUCUCAAUUAAUCUCGCGAGUGUUAAUUACGAGUGAGUGCCGUGAAGGAGCAGCCAUGGUUGGGACGAGAGAGGAGGAGGGGGCCCGGGGAGGCGUCCGGCAACGACGAGGCAACCGUAGGAGCGUGUAACUACAACUUCGUCGCUGCGCAUCGUACCGGUAUUUACGAAGAGAAUGGUGAACUGAAUACCGGGGAAGAAAAUGAUGAAAGAAGCGACAUCCUACGAAAAGUCUGUAGGUGUCAUCGGCUUAAAAGGGAAAUCCGCGCACAUGUGGAAGCGAGACGGGAGGCGAGAGAGCAUGCGGUGGGGGUAAGAACGAAAGAGCGGAAACACGCGCGGGAGAAAGACGCAACGAGGGACCGUAGUAGUAUGACGAACGCGAGGCAACCGGCGACGAUGGUGCGGGCAGUCUGCGCACGGACAUCGAUCGAGGUUCACGUUCCAUCCACUCCCCGAAAUUCCCGAUUGUUUCUCGAGUCGCGAUUACCGAUACGUCACGUACGACAAGACGAAAAAUAGAAGGGGGAAGAGAGAAACAGAGAGAAAGAUAGAGAGGGAGGGGGAAAAAAGAGAGAGAGAAAAAGAGAGAGAAAGAAAGAGAGAGAGAGACACACACCGCGGUAUCCUAUGCGGCAAUCGUGAAUUGCGUGCGCCGUGACAGUGCGAUGACACCUGUGCCUUUCCGAGAGGAACGAACCGUCAGUACUGCAGCUGUGGGGGUGUUUUUCCGCGCCGCACCAUAGGAAUUUUGUACAGCGACCGGAAGACGUCGGUUCGCCACUGUCUUCUUCGUGUUCGGCAGAGCUAGACGAUGUUUAAACGCUUGUCAAAGUCGAGGCGCCACAGCGCCGACGAUGUUGCCCUUUCUUUGUCGAGCUCGGCGGCCCCGCUGGACGAGCUAUCGGCGACUUCAAUGCCGCGGACAAACAGCCGGGAUUUGGAAACCGCCACCCUGCUGAAGAUCUCCCGGGCCAAGUACACCCGGAGGAGCUGCGGCGACGCGGCCGCGAUGCAGACGCUGCUCGAGACGAAGCAGGACAACGAGCAGGAUGUCAUCGAGGCUGACUAUCAAACGGUCACGGCCGUGCCGGCCUUCAUCGUCGAGCAUGAUCCGAGUAAGCAACGAGUGUUGGGUCUAGGAAUUUGGGGUCGCAGGAUGGGCAAGAAGAUCGAUUCGUUUCGGCGGACUAGAUCUCGCGAGACUAUUUGCUCCAUUACGGAAAGGUCCGACGGUGUCGAGCACAACGGCAUCAAUAAUAAUAAUAAUAUCAACAAUAAUGAUACUAGUACCAGCAAUAAUAAUAUCGACGUUCAUCAAUUAAGUAAGAUACACUUAGACGAGAGAACAAAUAGGAAGUUACCGGCAGCUUGUCAGCGAUCCCCGUCUCCCUUCAAAUCAUUCUUCAUCCGGAUGGGUUCCACCGGUAUGCUCAACUCGACUAGAAGCAACAGAAGAUCUCAAAAUAUCGAGGAGAGAUCGACGAUGCCGGACAAGGAGAGCCUGUUCAGAAGCUGCAGUACCAGUCAAUUGAACAACAGCCCGACUUACGUGAAGGGUGACGAUCCGUCGGAAGGUAUAGACCUGCAGAUAGCCGCGCGAAAGGACAAGACGGUGUCCUGCGACGAUCUGGCGGGACACCGAGGUAACGAUCAAGGGAUCUUCGAAGCGCGCGCGCGUGGCGAUCCUUGCGCCUCCACGUAUUCGUUAGGUAGUCCUUCGGUGAGCUUCAGUACCUGCGACCUCGAGAAAACGAAAAACGAGUCGUUUAUGAGAAAGAGCAGCAGCUGCGACCUGAAAGAGGCGAAGAAAUCCAACUUCCCGUACGCCUUCCUGCGAUCGAAAUUGUCCGUCUUGCCGGAAGAACGUCACGGAUCGUUGGUCUCCAAGGACGAGAGGCUCUUCAAGACCGUGUCGGAGGAGCACUUCCCGACCCUGCAGAUCGAGGACUCUUACAUCAGCACCACAACCCUCGGACGGAAGAGAUCGAGGAUCGGGAACACCGGCUGCGGUCUCGACGUCGCGAGGAAUCAGGAAAAUGUCCCGCGACCGGGUCGGACUUCCUACGCGGAAUUCCAGAGAAAUUCCAGUAGAUACGAAGCGGACAGAUACAGCCUGAAUGCCAGUCGCCUCGAGCGAAUCGAAGCCGGACUUCAGCGGGACGGAAUCGCCGGUUGCUACAGCCUGUUCGACGGAAGUCUGCUGUCCCUUCGGGAGCACAACGAGUUUCAACAUAACGAGGAUACCACGCGCGACAAGGCGGACUUAGGUGCUGGCAGAAUCGAGACCGGGAUAACGGAGAAUUGCAACGUCGAUCUCGACAUGAUGACCGCCAUCAGAAGCAACCGACGGAAUUCGAUAUCGAGCUGCGAGCAAAGACUGUCGUCUCACUACGUGAGCUCGAACGAGUCCGGCUACGACAGCGACGGGCCGCGAGGCGAAUCCGUGGCGGCCUUGGAGAACGAGGGGCUGAAGUGCAGCUCGGACACCAGCAGCGUCGUGGACUCGGAGGCGGACAAACCCAUAAGAAGCUCGACCCCGAGCGAGUGCCAGGAUCAGGAGAACGCCCAGAACGCCGGCAGGAUCAGGCAGAAUUCCAACGCGGACGAGAACAGGCCGGACGCGAUUUCUCGGAUGAAUCUCGAGGGUCUAGAUGGUCUCAGGUGGCACCGGAGCGGAUCCGGACGGAUGUUGCCCAGUAUUCACGGAACGUCCUUCGAAGAGGAAGCCGUGUCACGGCUGGAGGACACUCCGCUUCCAAGUUGCGAGGAUAGAUUGAACCUCCUGUCAGAUACGGCAAAGACGCUGGACGUCUUGCCCCACCGCAUGAGGUUGCAGCAAGAUAAAACGAGGUUCCUGAGCGAUAUCAUUCAGCCGUUAACCAGGGUACGGCGAUGUUGCCUGAUAGAAUUGCACAAAAGAGACCCCAAGGAAAGUCUGGGGAUUCGACUGGCGCAGCAGAGACUGGGAGAUCUGCGGUACAUCGUCGUGCAACUCGAAAGCGACGGCAUCGCCCAUAGGGACGGUAGAUUGAGACUAGGUGAUGAGAUCGUCGAAGUCGAAGGCAAGGAGCUAAAAACGCUGGAAACCCUCGAGGAAGUUCAGGAGUUUCUGAGGUCUUUUACUUGCAACACAGUACGACUGACGACGGCGUACGAGGAGACGGUGCCGCAAGUAUACGAGGAUCCACCGCCAGCUGUGCCCGGCGAGUACGAGUACCUGGAAAACGCGAAGAAUCUGUCCAGCAUGUCGUUGAUCGACGCCGAAACGAAUCACGUUUCUUCCUCGGCCGAGAAGAAGAAGAAGGCAAUCGACGGCGACGCGGAGCUACUUCAACCGAGAAAGAGGCCGGACUGUCUGCCGCUUUCGUGCUUGUCUGAAAAUCAAAAGGACACCCGCAGCAGCGUGGAGCCCGCUGCGGAAUCGCAACACUAUCUGUCGAGACACGUGGCCAGGUUCGAGAAGGGCUACGGCAAGCCCAGUUUGGGGUUCAGCGUUGUAGGUGGCAGAGAUAGUCCCCGGGGUGACAUGGGGAUCUUCGUGAGGAGGGUCUUCCCCGGCGGGCAGGCCGACAUUUCCAGAUCGCUGUUUCAAGGCGACGAGAUCUUGAGCCUAAACGGGCAAAUUUUGAAGGGCCGCACGCACCAAGAAGUCAUCGAGUUGUUUAAGACGGUGAGAGAGGGUACGGUCGAAUUAGAGAUUACGAGAAGACACAGAUAUCCCAAAAGUACUGUAAAAAGUGCGCCGUACUAAACAGUAUGGACGAAGAAGAAACUGCCCACCGGAAGUGCUCUUUAGAUUUAGGCCUAAUCUACUAUCAUUCGCAUGGAGAAAACGGCGUUUUAGAAUUCUAGUCUAUCAAAAGAAAUCUAUGACUUCUCUCUAACGUUCUUCUCUCACGUAAUUUAUUUCAUGCGGCAUAUCUCGCAAUCGUCUGGUAGAUUAAUAGGUUUUAUUAUUAUAGACUAU